AAGGCACAAACAUGAAUUCCAGUGUGAAAAUUCUACUUUUUCCUUCAGGAUUUUCGCACUUUUGCUUAUUCUUUUUCUUGGUAAUUCACAAUUCCGCUGCUCAAAUUACUGACCCCAAUGAAGUGAGGGCGUUGAACUCAGUAUUUCAACAAUGGGAUGUAAAAGCAAACCCAAGAUGGUGGAACAUAAGUGGAGAGCCCUGCAGUGGAGCCGCUAUAAAUGCAACUAGCUUGGAUGACUAUAAUCCUGCUAUCAAAUGUGACUGUUCCUUUGAAAAUGGCUCAAUUUGCCACAUCACUGAGUUGAGUGUAUUUGCCUGGACAUAAAAGGUGA